UAGCGUCUUCACACACCCAGCCUAUCACACCCGGGCGCCUCUCUAGCGCCUCCUCUCUGUCAGGCCGCCGAAGCUAUUGCACCGUUAUAUUAGAGCUGAGCGCGGACGGACUGACUGCAGUUGGACAGACUGAAACUCAGUGAGUCUCACAGACUGAAAAAAUCUUGAAAUGGACCACCAGGACCUGAUGAACUCCUCUGGGGAGAAUGUGGCGUCCACCAUGGCAAACAUGAAUAAUGGGACGGCAGUGCAUAUGGGUCCCAGUGGCAACCAGGGCAAAGAGGAGACAGAAGCGUUGAAGUCUGAAGUGAUACCUGGACAGCCUCUGACUGGACUCUGUUCGGAGCCUGAGGCUGUCUCACCUCAGAAGGAUGUCGUAUCUGACAAGUUCACACCAGGAGAGCUCUCUCCGUCACACAGUGGCAGAAGCAGUGUGGCUUCCGUAGAUGAGAAGGAGGAGCUUGUGAACGGGGGCAGGGCUGGGAGCCCACACCAGUCACCCAUGUCUCCAUCACCAGUCGCCAGGGUUGGUGGGUUUGAGUCUGUGGUUCCCAGCACGGAUGGACAGGUGAAGAGGAGUCUUUCAGGAAAGCUGGUCCAGGAACAAAGUGAAUCCGAAGAGGAGAGGGAUGAAGAAGUAAUGGAGAAGCAAGAUGUAAAGGAUAACAAUGUUAAAUUUGCUUACAAGGAAGACUUGGGUCCUAGCACGCCAACUAGCGGUUAUAAAAAAGAUCAGGAUGAGGAGGAAGAUGAAAAAGAUGAACAGGAAGAAGAAGCAGAGGAAGAACAAGAUGAACAAGAAGAGGAGGAAGAAGCAGAAAUUGCUCUUCCGGCUAUUAGUGCCCACGUCUCACACUUGUCACCACAGAAAGAUGCAAGUAUGGAGAUCAAGCACAGCAAAGCUCCUAGUCAACCCCCCCUAAUGCCAGAGGAGGCAAUGAAGCAAGGCCUAUCAUUUGACUACACCGAACCGCAGCAAGCCAGUCAACAAGGAGCUUCUGAGGGCUGGGAAAAUGGCUCUGAUAAAACCCCUCCAGGAAGCAGGAGUCCUGACUCCUGCAGGGCUGAUUUGGGCUCCCCCUUUUCCCUGACCACUGCUGCUCAAGAGUUGCCCCUUACCGACCAACAGAAGCAGGUCCACAAGGACCAACUGGAGGAUGACAAAGAAGAGGAAAUGGUCAGCAUCCCUGAAACUCACCAACUGGUGGAAACACCUAAGAAGGAGAUGGGGGUCUACCCCAAAGCAGAGGAAACUAAAGAGCAAAAGAACAUUGCCAAAGGGAGACCAGAAACCUACUUAGACACAACCGAUGAAGAUCUCAUCACUACUGUGGAAGCAGCACAGAAAGAUCAGCCUUUUGCUAAUAAGCCCAUUGCCCAAGAACCAGCCAAAACAGAACCUCUGAAAGAUCUUCCCGCCAAAAAAGCAAAGAAGCCUGUUGCAACAGUCACAGCAACCCCUUCCCCCAAGUCCACCGUAAAACCACAGAAAGUCCCCUCAAAAGACGGUGCACCGGUCCGAAAAACAAGCGCCCCUUCAAAAGCUGGAGCAGCAGGAGCUGAUAAAAACGCCAAGGCAGGUGAAGCUAAGACAAAGACUUCGGGUGCUAAACCUCAGGGAGUGGGUGCCAAAAUCCCUGCUGCUUCACGGCCAGAGCAGCGGAAAACAGGAGCAGGUUCAAUCGAGAGAGCGGAUUCACCAAAGACUCCGGACCGCAGCGGCUGCAGCAGCCCUGCCAGCCGGUCCAGCACACCUGGGCAGCAGGUGAAGAAGGUGGCAGUGGUGCGCACCCCACCCAAAUCUCCCGGAUCCCUCAGGUCCCGCACCCCUAUAGCCCCGGUUGCUCCCAUGCCUGAUCUGAAGAACGUCAAGUCCAAGAUCGGCUCCACUGAGAACCUUAAACACCAGCCUGGAGGAGGGAAGAUUCAAAUUGUGCACAAGAAGAUAGAUCUCAGCAAUGUGCAAUCAAAGUGUGGGUCAAAGGCUAACAUCCACCAUAAACCAGGUGGAGGGAAUUUUGAGAUCAAAUCAGAGAAGCUGGAAUUCAAAGCCCAGUCAAAGGUUGGAUCUCUGGACAACAUUGGCCAUGUACCUGGGGGUGGACAGAGGAAGAUUGAGAGCCACAAACUGGUGUUCCGCGAGCAAGCGAAGGCUCGUACUGACCACGGUGCCGAGAUCGUGGUCCAGUCACCCAGCAUGUCUGCGGACGGCUCGCCCCAACGUCUCAGCAAAGUGUCUUCCUCCGGCAGCAUCAACAUGACAGAAUCCCCGCAGCUCUCCACACUAGCUGACGAGGUGUCCGCCUCUCUUGCCAAGCAAGGCCUGUGAUUCACCCUCAUCCACACCCUCUCCAGGAACAGAGGGAGCAACAUGGCUUGAUAAGAAGCAAAGAAGAAAAACAAAAAAGAAAAUGAAAAAUUAAUUUCCCUCUCUCUUUAAAAAAAAACAAAAAGAGGCACCUGCUGGAUUUUCUUACUAAGGGGUAGUUACAGUGACUAAACAAAGAUAGGAAUUUAGUCUCUGACAGCUUGGGACAGCUGAUUGUGUAAUUAAUGACAUUAUUGGCUUGGUUUGCUCUGAUUAAUUGAGCGGAAAUUGGUGCUGUCUUUGGUCCAUAUGAUCAUCUGCAGCCCUGAGUAGCCUAUCUAUAACAUUAGGAACUUUUUAUGUAUGAAAUAUAACUCAUGCCUAUUUUCCAUUGAUGUGUCUGCUUUGCUGCCUUACUGUGAAUGUUUCUUUUAUUUUUUACUUGUUUGUUUCUUUUUUUAUUCUUUUUUUUAAUUCAACAAGAAGGGAACUGAGGUUUCAUGACAUGCUAAUCAGUAAAGAGAGUCUGAGGAAGAGUAAAGCCAAUCAGAGUUCUGUGAGGACAAUAGAAAAUGCCCAAAGCUUACUGAUCAGAGACUGAUCCUAGAUCCCUAGAUUUGUUUUGUCAUUUGUUUAUGAAAACAAUACAGGCUUCCAUUAAUAUGACUAAGUUCUUCCUUUACAAGCUGUAAUUUGAUGGGAUCAGUUUCUGCCCUAUGACCAUCAGAACAUUUCAUUAGGAUUAAAUACAAAGAAGAGAAACGGCUCCAGUAGUAAACAGACAGCGAGAUGAAUAAUAUUGUUUUUGUCCAAUAAAAAAUGCAACGCUUUACAGGAGAAUAAAUAUUCUUUACUUUAAGUGGAAAUAAGGAAGUAAUGUAAAAUAGGAGUUUAUUCCAAGUAAUGUAAGUUAUUUACUACAGGGUUUAAAACAGACAAACAUUAAGAUAAUUUUUUGUCUUUGGACUUUGGACUAUAACUAAAGAAAAGUAGACUUUCCUAGAUACUCAAUCAGUAUUGGUAAACCAGCAAUUCAUAACUUUGGUCCUGGAGUACGUUCACAUUCGAGUUUUUACAGCUUUUAUAACAGGAUUUGGAGCGUUAGAACUAGAAAACUCUAAAACAGGCUACAGGGUCAGAGUAGUAGAUCUGAGUAGUAUCGCUGUUCCACCUCCUGCUCCUCCUCCAGAUCAGUCUGCUUUCUGUUCCGCCUUGUCGACACUCUGCGGAAGAUGCUUGGUUCCAAAGAAUGUGUGAAUGAACCAGUGCAGAUGAUCAGAGCUAGAUCUACAGACUUCACAAAAGAGAGAAAGGAUUUAUCAGAAUGGAACGUCCAUUUGUAGGCACUAUCUAGACCAGGCUAGUGGAUGAGAAAACUCUCAGACACACUCAAAAAUAGUGUGAGUGAUGCUGUUUAUUUUUUAGUUAAAAGAUAAGUGCCUCCCUUUGCUCAGUUGAUGAACAGUUCAGAUAAGUAAAUGUAAAUAGCUUUAGGAAAGGAGCCUGCAGCCGGAACACCCUCACUACAACACAUACUAUACAUCCCAAUUCUGAUUAAAAGUCUUUAUUGAGGAUGCCUUUUGGAAAUCCACUGUUUAAAACCUCUGCACUCGUUUCCCAGCACACAGUCAGCUUCGCUAGAUUAUAAUUAUGUCAACUUCAUCUGCCCUUUUCUCCCCAAAUACUCAACUGUCCUUAACCAACCACGCUCUGUUUAGCUCUAAAGACAGUUUGAGUCCUCUGCAUUAAAGGAUCCCAAUAUAAAAACAAAAAGAGGAGUAAAACAAAAAAAAAAACAAGGUCCACAUAAAAAGUCCAAGCUGCGCACUUCUUAACUACUCGUAUUUUGUGGCUGUGAGAUGUAAUCAACAUUUAAAAAGUUUUUUCUGUUUCUGUUAUUCUGUCAGUCUUACCUGAUAUUUAUUACUCCUUUUUUAUAUCUUCAACUGCACCUCAGCUUUUUCCUUUUGAUAUUUAAAAUAAAGUAAAAAAAAGAAUGCUGUGAAUGAACAUAGAACACACGUGGAGCUGCCUCUUCUCCUCAAACCAUCCACCGCUUCACCUGAGCUGUGUGUGUACCAAGUGUGUUCUGAGUUAAAGCAAGGCUCCUGAUCAAUGAUUGGACCCCACUGCUUUAUCUUCAUCAUAUUGACCUUUCUAACCAUCACCAGGAUCAGACUGAUGAUAAUGGUAUUUUGAGGGAACAUCUCGUUAAAUACCUGCACCAGAUCCACAUGAUUCCACACAGACCCAGAGAGCAAACCCAGUCCCAGAGCUCCCAGUAUAGCACUAAAUAGUGUAGAGCCAUGGCUUCUGACCAAUAAAGCUCUAAACAGGAAGACGGUUCACAGGAAUGCGAGUCCCCAAGUUGAGCAGCCACUGGAGAACACAGUUCCUCAACCUGGCCAGCUGUGUCCUGCAGAGCCUGCUCAGAGAAACCACAAGAAAUAUAGAGGUAAGGCUUGAGAGGUCCAGUGGAACAAGUGGUGGCUGGUUUGUUUUUAAGGUAGUAUUGCAAAAUCAUCCUGCAACCUCUCACCUAAGAAAAGAGGCAUCUCAUCCAGUUUUUUGUUUCAGUAGAUCUAUAACUACCGUUCUCUCACUGCAGUUCUACAGUACAUUCUAGCUUGACAGUUGUGAUUGUCCUCUUUGUAGUUGUGCGUUUUAUCAGUUGGUUUACACUCAUACUCGUUGCUGUAAAUGUGGAUCUGGAAAUAAAGUCUGUACUAAACAGCA